CCGACCCGGCGACGCCGCUAGCUCCCGCGAUGAGCACUGCCGAGGCCGACCGCUGGGCGUGGCUGCUGGUGCUCAGCUUCGUGUUUGGGUGCAAUGUGCUCAGGAUCCUCCUCCCGUCCUUCUCCUUCUUCAUGUCGCGGGUGCUGCAGAAGGACGCAGAGCAGGAGUCCCAGAUGCGAGCGGAGAUCCAGAGCAUGAAGCAGGAGCUCUCCACCGUCAACAUGAUGGACGAGUUCGCCAGAUAUGCCAGGCUGGAGAGGAAGAUCAACAAGAUGACGGACAAACUCAAAACUCAUGUGAAAGCACGGACAGCUCAGUUGGCGAAGAUAAAAUGGGUUGUAAGUGUUGCCUUCUACAUAUUGCAAAUUAGGAAGAAACAGCAAGAAGUUGUGGGCUUUUUGGAAGCUAAUAAAAUUGAUUUUAAGGAGUUCGAUAUUGCUGGAGAUGAAGACAACAGGAAGUGGAUGAGAGAAAAUGUUCCUGGAGAGAAGAAACCUCAGAAUGGGAUUCCGCUGCCUCCUCAGAUCUUUAACGAGGAGCAGUAUUGUGGGGAUUUUGACUCUUUCUUUUCUGCAAAAGAAGAGAAUAUUAUUUAUUCCUUCCUUGGCUUGGCUCCCCCUCCAGGCUCAAAGGUGACAAAGUCGCCUGAGGGAGCGUCUUCCCUUCCUGAUGGUGAAGUGGCAGGAGAGGCUCAGAGCACCACAGAGGGAACAGAGAAGGCUGAAGAAAGUGGAGAACACAAGGCACAAGAAGAGGGUUAUGAAGAUGCAGGCGACCCUGCUGGAUCCCAAGAGAAGGAUGAAGAAGAGGGAGAGACAGCAGCGGAAGAGACGAAAGAAGUAGCCGCGGAGGGAGCAGAAGGGGAAGCAGAGGGAGAGGAAGCUGAAGAAGAGGAACCAGGAGAAGAAGGAGAAGGAGACGAGGAAGAAGAGUCUUAGGCCUGUUCGUGCUCUGCUUUUCCACUUGUCCAGGAAACCCAAACCAUGAAGCACCAUUUCAUCUGUCUCCCCACAAGCUGAAUUCAACGAAACGCUUUGGCCUGAAGCUAGCACACCUCUGUCAGGAUGUCCAGGGUUCACUGGGGAAUUGUAUGACAUGAUGCGAUUAGAUCUCCACACAUGUAUUUACUUAAUCAUAUCGACAUGAAAUCAAAUGUGAAGACAGCACUCACAUACCUUCACGGGCCUGACAUUUGUGGCCUUCGCUUAAAUUUUUUUUUUUUUUUGCUUUGCAUGAAUUGUCCUUCUCACUAAUACCCUGAAAAAAAAUUACAAAAUAUAGAACGUCUCUUUGUGAUAAGACAAAAGUGCCUUACGCUACUUUUCUCAGAAUUCGCUUUGAAGAUGAAGAACUUUCCAGAGAACAACCAUACAAAUAAAGCUGAAUAAGAAAUAUCUUGUCCCAAGGAGUGGGUUUCUUCGUUUCUAGUCUCUCCAUGUACAGGCUGGCUCAGUCUGUCUGUAGCGGGGCGGGGUGUAGUCCUGGAGCCUCCGCAGAACUUUUCUGUGUCGGCCGGGAUAGAUGCUUUUUGUUACAUCGAUUGUUUUGGCCCAUGUUUUCCGGUGACACCGACUGCCUCGUUAUGUCCUAGUUUGUAUUAUUCGCACCACUGUGUGUACCUUGUCUCCCAAGCCUUGUUUAAAUGUCGCUGCUGUCCACGUGUGUAGGGAUCUCGAGGCAGACAAAUAAAUUCGCCACCCCAGCGCCCUCUGCACGUUUCCACGCUGGAGGGAGUGGCAGCCUCUGCUUCUCCUGUACUGAUUGAUUCGCAGCCAUGACUGCUACGUGCAAAGCCUGUGACUGUAAUCUUGCCUCCUGAUGCUGAGUGUCUGUUUUCCAAGAGCUGGUCCAGCCCCUUGACGUGUUCACCAGGUAGGUCUGAAGCGUUUCUCUGCUCACCUGCUCCAUCUCAGUGUCUGAUAGCAUUUUUUUUCCCUUCCUCGUAAGGUUUGGCUGGCGUCUCGCCGCUCUGUGUGUGUGUGCUUCUCUGUGUGCUUUCCUUGCAGCCCGUAUUGCUCCUGUGCCACCAGAAGGGCCCUUCUCUGUGCUGUUUUCUUAAUUAAGGACAAUGCUGGCUGUCAGCUUGGAGCAGCCUUAACUUUUCCUCCGCCUAAGUCUGCCUAUCGAUUUUGCGGCUAAGCCUGUUGGUGUCACUGGGGAAUGCAGUCUCUGGUGGCUCACGGGAACUCUGGCAGACGGCUCUUUUCUGGUUACCCUGGUAACCAAAAGAGGCAUUUCGAAGAGAAUGAACAUUAUUUUGUUCCAAAAUGUUGAAGUAGACUCCUCUGAGGAAAUUUCGCUCCUUGUUAAAAAUAAGGUGAGAGACUGCAGUGGGAUGGAAAUCCGUAUGCUUAAAAUUUAGUUUCUACUUUGUACCGUCUUUCAUCAGAUUAUGUCCUGUGUAAAAAGCGUCGCAAUUUUAUAGCUGCUCCACACCCAAAUAGGCCUUAAGCAUUUGCUGUUGCUGGGGCUGACUUAUAGCUCUUGUGGUAGAGCAGGCUGGAGACAGAUUUAUUCAUCUAGAUGCCAAUUUUCCUCUUUUUUUUUUUUGUAUUUUUGAAUGAGAAUAAAUAUUUGUGCUAAUAAUAAGCAGAGUAAAUAACUUAUUUAAAUUAAUUAAUAAAUCACUUAAUUUAA